CCACCAGCCUUUUUUUUUUUCAAUUACUCACCAACACCAAGACACUUCCCAAAUCACAUAGUAUAAUCAAAAAAAGACCAGAAAUAAACAAAAAAAAAAGAAAGAAGAAUUAAGAAUACCCAUUUGGAAAUUUGGGUUUUGGAAAUAGAAGUUCUCUGGAGGGGAGGUUUCUGAUAUGGAUUUUUUGUUACGAUUGGGGUUUGGGAGAGGUUUAGAGGAGGAACAAUGGCAGGUUUUUUCUCACUAGGAGGGAGUAGCCAAGAAGAGCAACAAAACAACCCACCAACGGAAAUCCCACCGGAGAGUUGGCAGUAUUGGUACAAAAAUGACGAAAUUACAUACAAGGGAUUUGAAGCAUCGCAGCAGCAGCAGCAGCAGGAAGUCAUUCAGCGCACUGCAGAACAACAGCAAGAUCUUUAUUCAUCAGCAGCUGGACUAGGAGUGGGGCCCAGCUGGAGCUCAAUAAACAUGUCGGAUGAUUCCUCGUCGAGAUCGGGUUUUAUGAUGAUGAGGAGCGGAGGAGGAGCAGGAGCAGGAGGAGGAGGAGGAGGAGGCAUGAGCUGCCAGGACUGCGGCAACCAAGCUAAGAAAGAUUGUCUCCACAUGCGUUGCCGGAGUUGCUGCAAAAGCCGAGGGUUAGACUGCCCCACCCAUAUUAAAAGCACUUGGGUUCCUGCAGCCAAGCGGCGCGAGAGACAACAGCAACUCGCUGCUUUGCAGCAGCAACAACAGCAGCCCAAAAGACAGCGAGAGAAUCCCACCACAUCUUUUCUUGCCUGCACUCACUUACCCUCGUCAGAAGUUGGGAAUUUUCCAGCAGAAGUGAGUUCUUCGGCCGUGUUUCGGGGCGUAAGGGUGAGCGGCAUUGAUGAUGCUGACGACAUGUACGCGUAUCAGACGGCGGUGAACAUAGGAGGGCAUGUAUUCAAGGGAAUACUCUACGAUCAUGGUCCGGAUGGGAGUUACAGCAUGGGUGGCGGUGAGAGUUCUUCUGGUGGAGUUCAGCCUCUGGACCUUAUUACAGCUGGCCCCACCACCACAGACACCGUGACAUUGGCAGCUGCGGCUCCUGGUGGCGGCGGCGUUACAGUUGCUUCCUCUUCACCAACCGUGGCGUUUCUAGACCCUUCUGCUCUAUACGCAACCCCACUCAAUACUUUCAUGGCUGGUACGCAGUUCUUCCCCAACCCAAGACCUUGAAAAAUGAGAAAAACACCACAUUUUCUUCUUCUCUUUGUUUCCUUUGUCUAUUUCAAUUGAUAUUUGAGGUUCCUCUUCAUUUGAUACCCACCAUUGAAGUGGUUGUCAAAAGGGAGAUGCUUAUUUUUGUUAUGCAAAUUUUAAUAUAAUCUUCAUCUUCCUCUUCUUCUUCUUCUUCUUCUUCUUCUGUAGACACCCGUGAUUAAUAGAAAAUUGUCCUUUAAUAUCAAGGUUUUUCUAUUUUUUUAUUGUAUUAAACUACAAAACAAAACAGUAAAUAUGGAACAAAAGAGCACAAUCCUAUUAUCAAUUGUUUACAGGAAUUCGCAUAUUCGAAAGAAGAAAUCAAGAAGAUUUGGAUAUUGAAUUCUUGGAAUUGGAUUUGUAAAGCUUGUUAUACCCCUCAAGCUCUUCGUAAUACAAAUCCCACACGCAUCGAACGCAUCCGUUCC